AUCAGUUAGUACUUAUUGAAACUCAAGAUUCUAGUUGUAUAAAAUUGUCUGAUGGGUGCAUUUAUCAUGUUAAUAAUAUUGAAGAUCUAGCAAUACGCAGAGGUAAAGCAAGUGGUAGUAAAACACAACAGGCAUCUUUUGAAGAUGUUGAAGCUGAAAAUAAUAAAACCGGUAUAAGUAGAUGCAAAUGUGGAUUGUAUCAUAAAAUAGGUUAUUAUGCACCUAGAUGUCCAAAUAAGAAAAAUACUCAAAUAUAA